AGUAACAGCUGCUCCCCCUGCUGGCAAAAAAAGGAAAUUACUCCAGGCGGAGCGACCCAUCCUUCAAUGCCGAGCAGUCCGAAGUGCAGGGGGUGGGGGGGCACAGAAACCUGUGAGAGGGAGCAGAUGUGAGCCGGACCACGACGGGAGAACACGCCGCAGCACAGCCAGUCCCUCCGCUAACAUGUGGCAGCCCGCGUCGGAGCGAUUGCAGCACUUUCAGACAAUGCUGAAGACCAAGCUAAAUGUGCUGACACUGAGGAAGGAGCCCCUGCCCACGGUGAUCUUUCACGAGCCCGAAGCUAUUGAGCUGUGCUCCACGACACCGCUGUCAAAGAGCAGGAGCCAUGCUGGUUACAAGGUGACCUACCUGGGAAAGAUGACCAUCUCUGGAACGCAGUUCCUGUCCGGCUGCACAGAGAAGGCUGUGGUGACUUUAGUAGAGCGCCGUGCUUUGGCCCAGCAGCAGGGAACCUGCCCUGGAAGUAGCUCUUUGCUGGAGAUUCGACCCUUCCAGGUGCGUCUGCACCACCUGGACGAUGGCAGCGAGUCCCCCGUCGCCUUGGAGACGUACCAGGUGGCGCGCAUCGCAUACUGCACAGCAGACCACAGCGUCAGACCCAACGUGUUCGCCUGGAUCUACCGAGAGAUCAAUGACGACCUCUCCUUCCAAAUGGACUGCCACGCCGUGGAAUGCGAGAGCAAGCUGGAGGCCAAGAUGCUGGCACACUCCAUGAUGGAAGCCUUCCGCAAAACCUUCCACAGCAUGCGCAGCGAAGGCCGCAUCCACAAGAGCGGCUCCACGGACGAAUUCGCAGAGGACUCGUCCACGCCUGACGAUUCGACUCCAGACGACGGUUGAACUGGAACGCCGCCUCCUGCUCUCCAUCCUGACAGAUUGAGUGGCGACUGAACGGACGGAUCACGGCUCUCUUUCAUCUUUCCGCACUGCCUCUUUCUGUUUAGCUCCAAAUUGAACAGAUUUCUAUGAACCCACUGCCCAGGAUAAUGACGAUGCUUCUGUCGUAAAACAGUGAAGACCUGCGCUACAGCAGAGUGCUGCCACUUUGAGUAGGUCUCCUCUGAGUAAAUCUGGAGAUUCGUUCUCCAUAAAGAUAUUUACUGAUCCUUCAACUCCAGCCAUUUUUAACACAUUAGAGACUUUAUGGUUCUUAAGCUAAAUUUAGUGUCUUACCUUGAUAAUAAUGAUUGACCUUCUUGCUUCUAAUGAUCCAGCAAAAACCCGCCUGCAGGUGUUGAGUUAGCAAAGCUCUUUCUUUAAAUGAUUGGUUCCAUAAAUAAUAUUGGACUUGGCCGGGGGGAAAAGCAAAUGCCAACAAGAGUGACUUUUCCCCCGGAGCCUCUCGCCUGACCUCACACAUAAACCCCCCCGUGAGCUGUCUCCCUCCAGUAGGUACCGAAAAAUCAAGGCUCCACCCGGAGCACCCGGGAGGACAAAGGCGCUCACGAGUUUGAAGUUCUCUCCGGGUUUCAAGCCGAGACACCUUAAAUCAUCCGCAUCUGACUUGUGUGUUCAGUAAACCAAAAUCCAGGCUAUGUUCUGCCUACCAGAUGAUGUGCCUCGCUUUCUUCUGCCAUCCCAGCGUGUCUGUGUGCCCACAAGUGCUUUUAUGUUCCUCUGCGUGUCGCCAUGAUCUGCUGACCUCUGUGCCGUGUGGAUGCGGGUGAGACGCGCGAGUGUGUGGAGGAGUAAAUGAGGCGGAGCGUCAGACGAAGGGAAAGUUGCCCUUCAUUCACAUGUUAGAGGAGCUCUUCUUAACUAGCCAUGGUACUGUGACCAUUUGCCACAUUUUCCUACUCUUGAAUGAAAUUGGGGGAGGAGGACACAAACAGUAGAAGUCUGAAUGUGGCAGUUACUCACGUGUGGGGGGGACUCCGGUAAAAACGACUCGCACCUCCUGGUUUGGUGAAUGUCUGACAUAUUGUGGACCCCCUCCCCCUCCCCCAGGCUGACACCUUUCUAACACUGAACAGGCUGGGUAUGGUCUUCAGUUCAACACAAUCAUCUGGUGUCUCCCAUCAAUACAUUUACGUCAUAAAUAGAUCUAUACAUACUGUACGUAUACGAAUUGUAUUUGAAUUUUUGCUCGAUAAGCUCAUGUAAAUACAAAAUGUAUUGAUUUCCAGUACUGCAGCAUAACUGUUGGAAGCUAUUUUGAAUAAAAAAAAAAGUUGAUGAGAAACAAGCGUGGAGGGGGGGGGGGGGGGGGGACAGUGCAGUGCAGUGUUGCCUGCUUUGUAGGUUAGAAGGACGUUUGGCUGCACCAUGUCUUGUUACCAUCAGUGUUUUCUAUAGUGUGUGCAAAGAUCAAAACACAGGCGCUUAUAAAGUAUGUACCAAGACCGAGAUGGUGUGGUCUGUUUGGUUUCAAAAACACAUCACAGUUGUCAUCCUCUGCGGUGUUCCCCACAGUCACCCUAAUGGAGGUUUUGGCUCUGCAGAUUUGCACAGCGAACGGACACUUGAUGCUCUGACAGAGCGCCAGCACAGAUGUAAAGCAUGACUCAGUUGUCUGCUCACAGCCCGCGGUGGAAUGUGUUUUUCCUGAAAGCCCCGUGUCAGAAAAUCUGCUUUGGGAUAUCUUGUGUGUGUGCUUUAGGAAAUGAGGCACUUCCAGCUCAGCGCUGGGGCACAUUUCCUGGGCAGGUCGGACCACCUCACUCUUGUGUGUCGUGCGGUCCCAGUUCCAACAUACUUCAGGUUUUGAGUGUGACAGCCGGCGAAGGAGGCUUUCAUCCCUCAUUCCGUACAUUCCCUCGUUUUGCUCACAUUCUUGUAUGAUGCCGUUGCUUCCCCUCUGGUGGGGGGCCAGAGCGGCCCUCUUGAAAAUGACACAUCAACACCAAGAUAACUGGCUCCUUCUUCUGCUGGAGAUCAUUUUGCAGCUUCAGAGCUGCUGACGUUUGGAUGCAAAAUGGAUGCUGGGAAGGAUGGAGGUCUUCACGGAAUGAGAACACUGCCUCCUUCUGGCAGACAGAGAUACUGCUUUUCUUCCUAACUUUUUUUUUUUUUAAAGAAAAUCCUUCAAAACAUCAGGAUGUUUUUUCUUUAUAUCCUGAAUCCUUAGAGUAACUGCUGUGGCUUUCAUUUGGCUUUUAAGGAGUAAAGAUUCUCCAGAACUUGCAUGUUUCUGAUCAUUUCAUCAUCCCCAUUUUCAAAGCCUUUCAUGUGUGCUGAGUGUGUGGUUCACAUUUGACUGCAGCCUUGUGUCUGCCUGACCCAUUUCCAUGCGGCGGGGGGUCCAGCAUUGAGCCCGAAAGAGGUCACCCCGGCCGCUUCAUGGCUCCACUCCACUGAGGCGUCAGUCAGUCAGCUGAAAAUAGCACUCUGUUAUAGCUCCAGCUGACCGUUCUUUUCUCCUCACCUAGUCCAGCUUGUCCACUUUCCAAGGACGCCGCCUCCGGGUCCGGCUCUGGAGGGGAGAGCUGCCCAGAUGGCGUCCCAUCAGACUUCUUUCACCGUCUCAAUCCUUUCCUCUUUUCCUCCAAACUGCUGCUUUCCCCAGUGAAGGUGGGCUGGAAUAUUGUAAACACAUGUUUUCACGAAACCUUUCAAGCGGACCAGAACCAGAACGCAUUCCAGCAGCUGAGGCUGAAACCAGAUUUUAACAACACAGGAUGGGGGCUGUGUGGGGAAAGACAUUUUAUCUUCAAAAUCUAGAUUUUUAGGGGCUAAAAAUAGUUUCAGGGUGUUAGGAAAAACAGAUCAUUAAUGUUCACAAACCAAGAAGGCUUUCCCUUCAGAAUAAAGCUUUGUAACCAGCAGAAACACCUGCAUUGAUGCCUUGGAAGUCCAAAGACGAAGGCGAGACGUCCACAUACAAUCCGACAACACCCAAAGGACGGAUAAAAAACACCUGAAGGUCAUGAAGAGGAAUGGCGAAACCUCAAAUGAUUCUAAAGUCAGGAGGAAGGAGCAGCAUCUUGAGAAAUAUCAGGAGCAGGAAUGGAUUUGGAGGUGAAAGCUUCUCCAAACCAGAACAGGUAGAGUUGAGACGUCCCACAGGACCUUCAAGCCUCAUGUAGAGUGAAUGAGAGAAGGCUGCUGUUUGGGUUUUUUUCAUGGGGUUGACCGAAGUUUGAAGUAAAAAACAUUUUUAAACAAUGAAAAUAACAACAACUGAAAUAUGGUUUAACUAAUUAGUAUGUGGUUCUUUAGGAGGUCAUGUUUCACAGGAAGCUUCCUGGCAAUGGGAGGAAAAACAAGUUUGACUUAAUUUGAUUGAUUUCUUUAUGGUUUCGCCUUGCAUACUUGCCUGUCUCCUGUAGAUGCAUUAUUUAUAAAUCGUACUGUUCCUGGAAACUAGCUAACUGAAAAAAAAAAAAUGUUUUUUUUCCUCAACAUGAAGCAGUUUAGAGAUUAUUGCAAACAGAAAAACUGACCCUGCAGAGCGUAAUGCUUCCACCAGAGCAGAAGACGGAUGAUUCAAACAAACACUUCCUCUGAUGGGGUCCAGAUCUGCUCUCAUCUCACCAGUCCCUGAGGCCUCCCAGUGAUUUAGGAUUCCUGCCAUCAUGAAAUGUGGUUCUGAAAUGAAAAAGACGGGGGAGGGGGGAGGGAUUGUCUGCACCUGCAUGUCACAGACUCCCCGUCAGCCGUCCCUGCUGUAAAACACGCACACAGAGACAACUGGAUCCCUGCAGGACAGGAAAUGUCUGCCCUGACAUCCAACUGGAGCAGGAGAUGAAGGUCUGAGGGGAGGAUAAACAAAAGCAGAUCCUGGAGGAAUGUCAGCAGCUCCACCUGAAAAAAAAAAAACGUGGUUUUGAUAUCCACAUGAUUUGUUUUUGCUGUUGUGCAGAUUUUAGUUUCAAAUCAAUAAAGAUAUUUUUCUCUGCA